AUGCGUGAUGAGAUUCGUCGCCUAGAGUCGAGAAAGAGCUGGGUAUACGUGGACACACUGCCGCGUUCAUCAGGUCACAACGUCGUUGGGUCGAAAUGGGUUUUUCGCACCAAGCGUGAUGCACGCGGAGAGGUCACAGGUUAUCGCGCGUGCUUAGUCCCCCAAGGAUUCACGCAAGUCAAAGGCAUCGAUUAUUUCUCUGAUGACACCUUCGCCGCGGUAUGCAAACUCGCAUCCAUGCGCGUUAUUCUCUCUGUCGCCGCGCGCAAUGGCUGGUACGCCCACCAAGUCAAUGUCAAGAGCGCUUACCUCUACGGCAAGUUGCGUGAUGAUGAGAAAAUCUAUAUGCGGCCGCCACCAGAUAUCGAACUCGACGGGAUAUCCCCUGGACAACUACUACUAUUGCUCGUUGUGAUCUACAGACUGAAGCAGUUGGGCCAACGCUGCCAACCUACUUCACCUCAAGGAUAUGAUCCGAUCGAAACUGGAAAUUACCGAUGGCGUAAUCUCGAGAAGCACACUGUCGCGCUGUCGCAGCACGCGUAUAUCGAGUCGAUAAUUGCUCGCUACGAUUUUGCUGAUGCAAAGCCACUCUCCCAGCCUAUGGAUACCCAUGCCCACCUAUCUGUCGACCAGUGCCCUGUGACCACCGCGGAGUAUGCCAUCAUGCGCGACAAGCCAUACCUCGAGGCACUCGGAGCACUACAACAGCUCACCCAAUUUGGUCAGAACCCGGGCAUCGUGCACUGGAACGCUCUCAAGCGUGUUUACCAGUACCUCAAAGGUACCGCGGACCUAUGGCUUGUUCUCGGCAGCUCGGAAGACAAUGACAUUGUUGGCUACUCUGACGCUGAUGGUAUGAGCACGGAGGGACGCCGCGCUGUUUCCGGCUAUGUUUUCAUGCUCAACGGUGGUGCCGUCUCAUGGUCUUCAAAGCGUCAAGAUCUCGUCACCUUGUCGACAACCGAAGCUGAGUACGUCGCACUCACGCACACCAGCAAAGAAGCACUGUGGCUUCGCUCAUUCGUUAUUGAAUUAUUCGGUGAUCCUGAACACCCCAUUCCUCUUCGCUCCGACAAUCAGUCCGCCAUCGCACUUUCAAAAGAUGAUCAUUUUCAUGCACGAACGAAACAUAUCGACAUCCGUUUUCAUUUCAUUCGCUACGCCAUUGCAGAUGGCAAGAUCAACCUCUCGUACUGUCCUACCGAGGACAUGACUGCAGACAUCCUGACGAAGGCCUUGCCUUCGAUGAAGAGCAAACACUUUGCUUCGUCAAUGGGACUCUCGAAGGUUUGA